GUGCACAGAUCAUUGUAUCUGCAUACCCCACGAGUGAGGGUUAGUUUCUCUAUAGUCUAUAUGUACACAAUUUCAACUUCAUAAGGGUGCAUAUACAAAACGAAGUUCCUAGUCAAAAUGUUCAAUUGGUUCAAGCAUGCGAAAAUUCGGGUGGAAAUCCCGUACCUACUUUUUGGUUUCUCAUUUAUGAUGGAAUCGUCCAUCACAACCAAUUUUUUAUUGUACAGAACUUGUUACGCAACCCUUGGAUACAGCGAAAAUGAGUGCCAGUUGUUAGGAACUGAUGAAUACGCGAAUAACAAUACAACAGACCUGGAAACCGAAGUGCAAGCUUAUGCAACGCGUAUUAUUGUGACUAGAUCUGUGAUCGAAGCGUGUAUGUCCUCUAUAUUCUGUUUCUUUCUGGCGUCUUGGUCGGAUAAACAUGGGAGACGUCCGUUACUACUCCUUGGAAUUACCGGUUUGCUAUUGUCUUACUUGAUAAUGGCGAUAGUAAGUAGCUUAUCUUAUAUUUCGCCUUGGUAUUUUUUGCUGCACGAAAUUCCCCUAUGUCUGUGUGGAUCUAACAUAUCUUUAAUGACUGCGUGUUUGAGUUACAUAUCAGACACCGUCCCCGAAGGAAGUCGAGGAUUAAGAUUAGGGCUUAUGGAGGGCGCAGUCAAUAUUGGCAUGUUCAUUGGCACUUCAUCGUGUUCUUACAUAUUUAAUUCUUUUGGGUAUCAAACAGUUUACUUAAUAUGCGUCACAUGCCAAUUAUGCAGCUGGAUUUUCUCUUGGUUUUGCAUAGAAGAGUCCGUGGAGAUCCUGGACAAUGAGAAAAAAUGGUACGCUUUAUUCGACGUAGCUCCAGUGAAGGAAUCGAUGGUGGUACUCUUCAAAAGAAGGGCGAAUAACGACCGAACGACUUUAUGGUGUCUUUUCGGCAUAUUCGCGAUAUUCACAGGAGGAAGAUUUGCUGACACCAACGUUAUUUUCUUGUAUUUGCGCAAAAACUUCAGCUGGACAUUGGAACGAUACACUUUAUUUCUUGCAUUUAGUACGGUCACCUGGAUAACAUUUUGUUUUGCUUUCAUCGUCAUUUUGGUAAAGACAAUCCGUGUGAAGGAGAUUGUUGCCAUUAUGUUCGCUCUUAUAUUUAGUAUAUCCAGUUCCUUAAUGCAAGGAUUUGCUUCAAAGAAUUGGCACAUUUAUGGAGCUGCCACUCUGAGAAGCAUGGGUAGUUGUGUGUCACCUCUAACACAGUCGCUGAUGUCUAAAGUGGCACCAAAGGAAGAAAGCGCAAGGUUAUUUGCUGCGUUAGUUUCUUUCAGUACGGUAUCUCUACUUCUCAGUAUAGCUCUAAAUACUUACGUAUACAAUCAAACCAUACUAUUUCUUCCUCAAGCGUUCACCUUUGUAACUACUGCAAUUUACAUAUUAACAAUGGUUGUGGCCAUAAUUGCCAGUUUUGUGUAUAGAGAAAGGCGUCCAGAUUACAACUUACUGGUCAAUGAAGAUGACGGAAAUACAAAGGAUUAGUCUUAAAUCAUGUCUUCUACCAAACUACUAUCUCAGUAGGUACAUAUGUGGCAUGGCACCUAUACGUGUCUCGAACUCCAGGCAAAAAAUACCUACGUCAAGAAGUCGCAGAACUUCAUUAUGCGCUAAUGAAGAAAGAUUAGAUGUUACUAAAAACAUCAAUGACUACAGUUUCGUUCUCCAUAGGACCUUAUUUAACAAACUUUCAUUUAUAUAAAAAUAUAAAAUACAAAAUGAAAUAAAGAUCUAAUGUUUAGUUAUAAAACGAUAAUAAA